CAAACUGCAGUUGUGCUGCCAAUGCGCUCUUGCAAUUGCAGUCUCAUAAGUUUCAGAUGACUUCUGAGGGUGCUCACACCUUUACAAAGUACGGUUGGCUCGUAUGCCUAUGGGUCCUCACUGCUUCGUUCCAGUAUGGUUAUCACACGUCCGCUUUGAAUCAGCUACAGGGCGUCCUGACGUGUAAGAUUGCUGAUCCGACUGUUCCUGUGUACUAUGGUCUGCCAACAUGCAUUCCCAUGUCCGACGCAACAUUCUCUGUAGUGACGUCCAUGUACACAUUUGGAGGCUUCUUUGGCAGUCUGAGUGCUAACAUUGUCAUGGACCGUUAUGGCCGGAAAGGCGCUUCUCGUCUCAGUGCUGCCCUCACAGCUUCUGGCUCUGCGGUAUUCGGACUAUCUUCUUCCGUCGGUCCACUUAUUCUGGGCAGAUUUCUUGUUGGUCUUGCAGCAGGCCUGGGCAUUUGUCUUUGUCCUAUAUACCUGUCUGAGAUCGCACCCGCAAAAAUCAAGGGAAACCUGGGCGUUCUAACACAACUGGCCAUAGUCAUCGGUAUCAUGGUCACCCAAGGAAUGGGCUUCGGUCUCGCCACUCCCAGACAAUGGCGUUUGGUACUAUUCAUCUCGUCAGGGAUAUCCAUUUUCCAGUAUUUCAUCAGCCCGUUUGUCGUAGAGUCCCCCUCGUAUCUCAAUCGAAAGGGAUUGGUAGAUCAACAGAAAGUAGCUACUCGCAGAUUGUGGGGAGAAAUUCAUGGUGUUUCGCAAACAGAUCCUGAAGAACUGGACAAUGACUCGGAGGAACCUCUGUUGUCAGACAGUGACAGCGUUGCAGAACACCGUUCAACUGGUCGCCAGCCUACAAUGACGAUUCCUCAACUGUUCGCCUCUACUGAACUUCGCCGGCCUCUGUUGACAAUUAUUGUCGCUAUGAUGUCCCAGCAAAUAUCAGGAAUCAACGCAGUCCUGUACUACAGUAAUGAUAUACUCUCCAAAUCCCUUCCUGAAUUAGCAUCAUAUGUUUCGUUGGGAAUCACAAUUGUCAACUUUUUCAUGACCUUUCCGCCGAUCUUCCUUAUUGAGCGAGUGGGCAGGAAACAAUUGAUCCAAUUAUCAGUUGCUUGCGCUCUUCUGUCUCAUCUGGCUGUUGGCUACGGGCUGAAUAACGGUCUCGUGACUUUGUCCAGUAUUGCAAUCACCACCUUUGUUAUGUCAUUUGCCUUUGGAUUAGGUCCCAUUCCAUUUGUUAUGAUCCCAGAGGUGGCACCUCCUCAUGCCGUGUCCGCCAUUUCAUCAGUCGGUUUAUCGCUGAACUGGUCGACCAAUUUUGUCAUUGGUCUAAUCUUUCUUCCGCUGCGCAAUUUCCUUGCACACGGCGAUCCCAUGAAGGAAGGAAGAGUGUUUUAUCUCUUUGCAGCAGCACUGUUCUGCUCGACGCUUUGGUUUUCGAAAUUAUACAGGGGUUAAGGAGGUGCAGCGGAUAACCUACCCGGCUUGCAUAUACAUCUACUAUGGCAUUACUUCAUAAUCCAUCGACUCACGUGAGGUUGACAAGUUCGCAGAUAUUACGCAAACAGCCAAAUUGUGUCAGCACCGUCGCAGACCUCCGGCGAUGCUGCGCGGUUUCUCGUUCUGGUCAUCUGUUGUACUUUUCAUGUCGUCCAUUCGUUCGUGCCUAAUCCAUGAUGAAACUGAACGUCACCGUCAGAGACGGACUUCACAUUCUGCAGAAACAUACGAGCAGUCUCGAUGUCCCGGAC